AGCUGGACAGGCCUGUCCGCAGGGACAGGGCCAUGCACCUCCCUUUCCUCACCCCCCCCCUUCUCUUUCUCCUUCAGCCCCCCAAGAUUGGGGCUUGGUGGGGCCAGGGAACCGCAGCCAGAGGUGGGGAGUUGAUCUCUGGCUGGACGUUUGCUCUGCUGUCUGCCUCCUACCCAGUCUUCUACAGAAGAGAGAAAUAAGAUUAUGUCUACUUUGAGAAUUCCUCCAGUAACCCAUAUCUGAUCAGAAGGAUAGAAGAACUCAACAAGACUGCAAGUGGCAACGUGGAAGCAAAAGUAGUGUGCUUUUAUAGACGACGAGAUAUUUCCAACACGCUUAUAAUGCUUGCAGACAAGCAUGCUAAAGAAAUUGAGGAAGAAUCUGAAACAACAGUUGAGGCUGACUUGACUGAUAAACAGAAGCAUCAGUUGAAACACAGGGAACUCUUCUUGUCGCGCCAGUACGAGUCUCUGCCUGCAACACACAUCAGGGGAAAAUGCAGUGUUGCCCUUCUAAAUGAGACGGAGUCAGUAUUGUCCUAUCUUGAUAAGGAGGAUACCUUUUUCUACUCAUUGGUCUAUGACCCCUCAGUGAAAACAUUAUUAGCUGACAAAGGUGAAAUCAGAGUGGGACCUAGAUACCAAGCAGACAUUCCAGAAAUGCUCCUAGAAGGAGAAUCAGACGACAGGGAACAGUCAAAACUGGAAGUUAAAGUUUGGGAUCCAAAUAGCCCACUUACGGAUCGACAGAUUGACCAGUUUUUAGUUGUAGCACGUGCUGUGGGGACGUUUGCUCGAGCCCUCGACUGCAGCAGUUCCGUGAGGCAGCCUAGUCUGCAUAUGAGUGCAGCUGCAGCUUCCCGGGACAUCACCCUGUUUCAUGCCAUGGAUACACUGUACAGACACAGCUAUGACCUGAGCAGUGCAAUUAGUGUCUUGGUACCGCUUGGAGGACCUGUUUUAUGCAGAGAUGAAAUGGAGGAAUGGUCAGCCUCUGAAGCGAGUUUAUUUGAAGAGGCACUGGAAAAAUACGGCAAAGACUUCAACGACAUACGUCAAGACUUUCUCCCGUGGAAAUCAUUGACUAGCAUCAUUGAAUAUUAUUACAUGUGGAAAACUACUGACAGAUAUGUGCAACAGAAACGUCUAAAAGCAGCAGAAGCAGAGAGUAAACUGAAACAAGUCUACAUCCCGACUUACAGCAAACCAAAUCCCAACCAAAUAUCCACCAGCAAUGGCAAGCCUGGCACUGUGAAUGGAGCUGUGGGGACCACAUUCCAGCCCCAGAAUCCCCUCUUAGGCCGAGCCUGUGAGAGCUGCUAUGCUACACAGUCUCACCAGUGGUAUUCUUGGGGCCCACCUAAUAUGCAAUGUCGAUUAUGUGCAACUUGUUGGCUAUAUUGGAAAAAAUAUGGAGGCCUGAAAAUGCCCACUCAGUCAGAAGAAGAGAAGUUAUCCCCCAGCCCAACUACAGAGGAUCCCCGUGUUAGAAGUCACAUGUCCCGCCAGGCCAUGCAGGGGAUGCCGGUCCGAAACACUGGGAGUCCAAAGUCUGCAGUGAAGACUCGCCAAGCUUUCUUUCUUCACACUACAUAUUUCACAAAAUUUGCUCGUCAGGUCUGCAAAAAUACCCUCCGGCUGCGGCAGGCAGCAAGACGACCGUUUGUUCCUAUUAAUUAUGCUGCCAUUAGGGCAGAAUAUGCAGACAGACAUGCCGAACUAUCUGGAAGUCCACUGAAAAGCAAAAGUACUAGGAAACCUUUGGCAUGUAUCAUUGGGUAUUUAGGUGGGUAUUUAGAGAUCCAUCCUGCGAAGAAACCUAAUGUAAUUCGAUCUACACCAAGCCUGCAAACCCCAACUACCAAGCGAAUGCUAACCACCCCGAAUCACAUGGCUCUGAGCAUUCUGGGGAAAAGAAACUACAGUCAUCACAAUGGUCUGGAUGCUUAUUCCUUCACAGCCAUGGACAAAAGAGUGAGAAAUUUAUCUCUGAAAGAAAAGUUCGAUGUUGUCAAAAUGAUAACCGAAGAGAAGAAGACCGUCAAGGACGCUGUAAUUAAGUUCAAGUGUGGCAAGACACAAAUUUACUCGAUUAUGAAAGAAAAGGAUAAAAUAAUUGAAAAAUACAUGAGCAGCACCAAUGUAAAUGUCAAAAAAGGAAGGGAUGGAAAUUAUGCAGAAAUCAACAAAUCUGUUUUUGAGUGGUUUCUUCAAGCCUCUGCCAAAAAUGUUCCGAUUUCAGGACCCAUCCUGCAAGCAAAGGCGAAGGAGACAGCGAAACUUUUAAAAGUUGAUGGGUUCUCAGCAUCCAACGGGUGGCUUCAGAGCUUCAAAAAAAACCAUGGAAUCACUUGCAGUGUAGCUUCUGGGGAGUCAAAUGAGGUUGACGAAGACAUUGUUCAAAACUGGUUCACAAAAUUAAAAGAGAUCAUAAAGGGAUAUGAUCCUAAAGACAUUGCCAAUGCCGAUGAGACUGCUCUGUUCUACAGAGCGAUGCCUAACAGGACGCUGAAGAUGAAGGGGGAGAAAUGCUCCAGGGGUAGGUUUUCAAAAGAGCGGCUUACCGUCCUCUUGACCACAUUUGCAGAUGGGACAUUUGAGAAGCCAUGGGUAAUUGGAAAGAGUGAGAAACCACGGUGCUUCAAGAACAUCAAAAUUAAUCAGCUUUCAGUAGAAUGGAAAUGGAACAAAAAAGCGUGGAUGACAGGAGCAAUUUAUGAAGAGUUUUUAAAUAAACUCAACAAUAGCAUGAAAACACAAAAUCGAAGCAUUCUUUUGUUUGUUGACAAUGCUAUUUGUCAUCGGUCACUGCCCCUGUCCAAUAUUAAAUUAAUUUUUUUCCCACCAUCCACGACAUCGGUCCUACAACCUCUGGAUAAUGGCAUUAUCCAAAAUAUUAAAGUAAACUACAGGAAGCUCUUGCUUCAAAAAGUGAUUGCCAACAUCGAGAUGUGCAAGAUGGCAUCGGAAAUUUCAGGGAAAAUCGAUGUCCUUGAUGCAAUUUCAUUUCUUAAGCGGUCGAUCAAAAUGAUUAAGGAAGAAACCAUAAGAAAAUGCUUUAAGAACUGUGGUUUCUUAUUUGGCAGCGGUGACAGUAUACAGAGUGAAACAGUUAUUGAGCCAGAUAACAUCAUGCAGAUUCAGGAUGCAAUAAAUGACAUUUACAGCGGUGUUUCAGAAAAUAGGGUCAGUGCCGCGUCUUACAUUGACAUUGACAAAGAAAUUGCCACAGAAAUGGAUGAGAUAAACCUGCAAGAAAUUGUGGACUCACAAUCUAAAGAUGAUGAUGAUGAAGAUGAAGAAGACCUACCAUUAGAAGAGCCUGAGCCUUUAAGUCAAACUCAAGUUCUUAGCUAUGUGAAGGCUUUGAAGGAAUUUGGAAAAGUUAAAGGAGACCAAGAGUUUGUGGAUAAGGCCACAGACUUAGAAAUUUGUUUCAAUAAUUUCAUCAAAAAGCCAAAACAGACUAAACAGUUGACAUUAGAUGUUUUCAUUAAAAAGUGACUUUUACCCAUACCUUUGUUGGAAUAGUAUAUGCACAUAUCUGUAUAUAAUUUUUGAAUAAACAUACAAAUCAUAAAAUAUGGUGUAGUUUCUUUUCCAGUCCUAUAAAAUCAAAAAGAAACACUUCCUGGGUGUUUAUGAGGUAGGAUUCUUAAAGACUGCGCCCUGUCAAAGGCAGAAAACUUGCGAGACCUGGAAAAACAAGGCAGUCCCAUUGCGUUCCGGCUCUCACAGGUUUCACUGUGUGUGUAUGUGUAUGUAUAUAUACAUAUAUAGAGAUUAUAUAUUUAUUCUUUAUGGUAAAAAAACUGUCGUGAUUGAUAUCGUUGGAAUAGCAGGUUCUUCCACUCAUGCCCCACCCAGGCCCCAGUCCUAGCCCUGAUUUGCAGCUCCUGUUGCUCUUUUGUCAGUAUCAGGUACCUGUUCCCUUGGGAUUUCUAAAAACUGCCACCUUGUGGUGUUCCCUCUCUAGAGCUGCUUUGUCUCAUUUCCCUCUGAAUGAAUGCUACUGCAGAAGUCAUUUCUUCUCUGCUCUGAACAGGAGGAAUCCCCAGGGUUAUGUUGACUGAGACCUUCAGCCUUGUUGGGGAAAAAAUGCUUGUCUCAUUUUCUGAAGAGACCUAGCUGUUACAACCCUUUUUUUUUCUUUAAUACCCACUCAUCUUUGUUCUCCUGUCAUGGUAUGGGCGGGAAGGCUGGUGACAUUCCAGGCACUAUACCAACUCCCAUAGGCAUUAUCUUAUCUAAUUCUAACAAUAGCCAGUCCUGGGAGAUCAGAGAAUUGAGCUGUUUUGCAUACCAUUGUAUCUCUGUUGCUGAUCACAGGGCCUGGCACUUAGCAGGUACUCAGUAAGUGUCAAUUGGGUAAAUGAAAGUGAGAAAAAUGAGACCUAGAGAGGUGAAAUAUUUUUCCAAAAUUACUAGAUAUGAAGUAGCAGAAUUGGGACUGCAACGCAGGUGCGAUCAAUGUCUUUUAAUCACAAUUAUAAAUGAAACUGUAGCUUUCAAACAUGCUGUAUUAGUAAGGUUCUAGUCAGCAAAAAAAGGAGUCCUGGCUGCUAACAGAAAGGUCAGCAAUGUGAACCCACCAGCUGUUCCACCGGAGAAAGAUGUGGCAGUGUGCUUCUGUAAAGAUUUACAGCCUUGGAAACCCUGUGGGUUCUACUCUGUCCUAUAGAUAGCUAUGAGUCAGAAUCAACUCGACGGCAGUGGGUUUGGUUUGGUUAGUCAGCAAAAUAGAUAUUACAGGAAUUAUCUUAACAGAAUUUGAUAUAAGAAAUUAAUAUGACAGAUAUUGGAUAGAAUAGGUAAAUGGCAAAUAUGGGGCUUGAGUGGGGGGCACAGGAAGCAGCCCCAUCCCUGGGAUUGAGAGAGCAAAAGGAAGACAUUGGGGCUAUUACGACCUAGAAGCUCAAGGAGGACCCUGAGAAGCUGGAAUUACUGUGGAGAAAGUGUUACCUUCCUCUUGGUGCUGGCAUCUGUCAGGAGGUGUGAUGAGGCUGGUCUGGGAAUAUGAAAUAAAGCUGGCCACUGGAACCAACUGCAGCUGCUACUUGGGGUAACCCUGACAGGAACAGGAAGGACCAAGUCCUUUCUCCUGCCUCCAUGCUGCCUCUGUCGCCCCCUCCUGGUCAAUUCCAACAGGAAGUCAGAUAGCAAAGGAGAAGUGUAUCUGCAGAGCCCCAGCUCUAGAAUUGGGAAACUGAGUUUAGAAGGAUGGGUGUGGAGGUGAAAGGCAAGAGUGUAAUGGAAACACACUUUUUUUUUAGAAAAGGUCCCCCACUUUUAUUGCUGGUAAACCUUUUCCAUGGGAUAGUGGUUUUGUGUCUUACUUCCUCAGGAAAUAGGAUCCUAACUAACCUGAAUUUCCAAAAUGAGCAGAAGGUACUGGGGAAAAAAUGUUAGGCUAAGAGUGGGGUAUUCAUGGGAUAGUUAAUACCAUCCUAUACUGAAAUUGAUAGAUACAAACUCAUGGGAAAGCGCUGCCCUGAGUGAUCCAAUAAUCAAUUAGCACUGCUACUUAAUUAUCAGCGUGUCAGACAGAUGAGCACACCAAACAGGAUAUUGAUGGAUGGAACUAAUUGAACUGGAAAUAAAACCUGGCUCUACUGAAAUAUUCAGGUCUCUCAGUGUUAGGACUUGUGGUACUUUUUCAGUGGCUUCCUUCAUUUACCCUCCACCUUUGCAUUUCAGGUUCUAGACGAAGGAAAAAGAGUCUGGGUUUCUCCUGGCAGAAGGAGUUUUGGGUGGUUGAUCUGAUGAAUAACUUCUUACUGCCAUCCUGAAUGUCACUAUCAUUCACCUGGCCCUGGGCCCCUGGCUUCUGCAGGCCCUUUAAAGGUACCCUGUGGACUGGUGACAGGGGUUAGCACUCUGUAUGUGUGCUCUGGUAAACUAGCCACUGCACUGGGCCACACACAGCCCUCUGGGACCACCCCAGUUGAAUUAAACCCAGAAGACCAAAUCUGCAUAGCUGUGAAUCCUCAGUGAAAGGAGUUGGUAAUGAUGGGAACCACAAAGGUUCAAAAUUGUGCAGUGCGUUAUCAGUCUCCUUAUACUUUUGUCUUUCCCCUCAGGCUGUUUGUUGGUUCAGUGGUGUGCCAGGCAUGGUGGUUUCCAAACCCUGUCUUCUCCAUUUGUGACUUACGGAUGCAUUGGUGACAUUUUUAUUGCCAGCAGACUAUCACGUCUGGCCUACUUGGUUAACUCCAGGGGCUGUGAGUAGGGAAGGCCCUGGAGCCCGCAGAGAUAGAAGGACCAUGACUAGAAAACCUUUCCGUGUCUGAAAGCCCAUAAGAGAGGCAGCAGGGGAGAUGGGAUUUAUCUCUGCUAUGGAAAAAAGAACAUUAGUGUUCCAGUCAGAUGGAUGCAUUGCUGGCUUCUCCCGUUACUGCCUGUCUGGCUUCGGAUGAAAUCACUCGGCUUCUGUGAUUUCAUUCGCCUUCCAGAGUUGUUACAAUGAUUAAGUUUUUGUCAUGUACCUUAUAUCACUUGAUUUUCCAAAUUCUUUAUGAGGUAGGUGUUAUCUUCUGCAUUUUAGUAAUGAGAAACCUAAAGCUAGCAAGUAGCAGCGGUGGGUUUUAAACUCCAAAUCAAGUGUUUCUUCCAGCAGAUGAAAAGACCCGGAUUUCUGUGUUGAGUGCAGCCUGUACAUAGGAGGUGCUUGUAUUUUCUGUGUAUAGGAGAUGGGUGUGUGUUUGUAAGUGUAGAGAGGAAUGUAGUGGGUGUUUUUGUUUGCUCAGACUCCAGAGUAUAAGCCAUCAUUGUCUAAUAUAAGUUUAAUGAGCUCACCCUUCUCCUCCAUUUUCUGCCUCUGUGGAGCUCCCCUGCCUGUAUCAUAAAUCAAAUCAAACCAAACCCAUUGUCGUUGAGUCGAUUCCGACUCAUAGCAACCCUAGAGGGCAGAGUAGAACUGCCCCAUAGGGUUUCCAAGGCUAUAAUUUUUAAUGGAAGCAGACUGCCACAUCUUUCUCCCGUGGAGUGCCUGUGGGUAUGGAGUAGCUGUGGGUUCGAACUGCCAACCUUUUGGUUAGCAGCCGAGUGCUUAACUGCUGCACCAUCAGGGAUCCUUGCCAAUAUCAUACUCUCCCCCCCCGCCCUUCUCUGAAUCUUGGGGCACAGAAGCUGUACUAGUGUCAGGGAGAAGGGAGAGACAAGAAAGAAGAGAAAAUUCACAGAAUGAUCUAGAGGUGAAAUGUGUUUUAAAUUAUAUUAUUAUUCCCAGCAUAGUCUCUGACUUGUAGUAGGUUCCAUUCCCUCCUUAAAGAAUAAACCAGUUGCCGUUGAGUUGACUCUGACCCGUGGUGACCCCCAUAGGAUUUCAGUGGCUGAUUUUUCAGAAGUAGAUCACCAGUCUUUUCUUCCAAGGCACCUCUGGGUGGUCUCGAACCUCCAACCUUUUGAUUAGCAGCCAACCUUUUGAUUAAAAAAGUUCUGUUUUGAA